UUGUCACUUUCUUGUUCCUUCUGGCUUGGUGUCGGGCUGCAGCCAGCUUGCAGUUCUCCGUACCCCCCGCUAGGAAGCUGUCUGCCUCCUCCUUUGGAAGCUCCUUCUGUUCAACAAAACAAACCGCAGCAAGACGGCGCCGAUCGUGCCUUGGGCUUUCUGUAAGCACCGGUGACAGCGAAAUCGCCGACAAUGUGGAGAGGUUAUCGGCACCGCUGGUCUGGAGACCAACAGUAAUAACGACGAGCGGCUGGGAUCUUACUGGGCACUGGGAAUCACGAACGAGUAGCUAGCUGAGCAAGGCGUUGAAAGCAGCAGCCGCCGCCGCGAUCUGAUAGCUAGCUGGCCAGCCAGGGUCGACUUGGGAUCCCAACCCGAGGAAACCGUUGGUGGGGGGCAGCGAUCGCGAUGAGAGCGUGAAGAGGCGGAGGGGACAUCCACUGGGAUCUUAGUGUGAAAAGGAGGGGGACGGCAACCGGAAUCAAAGAGCGAGUGUUUAAGAGCCGGUAGAGAAUUGCGAACCAAAGCCAAAGCGAUCCGAGACAGCAGGGGAGCAAGUGUGAGGAGGAUCGGACGGCGAAAGCGACUUCGGGGUUUCUCAGUCACGAGCGCACUGGGAUCCGAGUCCCAGGAGAGGAGAAAAAGGGGGAGCAUCCGUGAUUCGUGACGGAAGAGAAAGCGGCCAGGGGCCGGAGCUGCAGCGGUCCGGGUUUUCAAGGUAGCAAAGUUCCAUUAGGUGGAGAUGAGCAUCUUGGUGUGGACUUCAUGACUUUGACCCACUGACACCGAUGAGAAGAGAUUUAUCUGCAUGGAUGCACCAGAAGCUGCAGAAGUGACAUGAUUUCCAAUAGCUGACAAAAGAAGAAAAAACAUAUUGCAGCAGACAGGGUGGGCCAUGUUUUUAUUGUACAUCACCACGCCCUAAGGCUGGGGAGACUUAAGUCCAAGGAAAGAAGAGGAACUGCCUUUUUAGCUGGAACUUCAGAGUUAAUUUAGAAAGUGUCAGGGGAAAAAAAAAGCAGCUGCGGUUUAGGAGAUGAUGUUGUCAUGCAACGUUGGAUUACUGCAGACAAACUCAUAAUUAGAUCUUGUUUUCACAUAUCAGGUUAAAAAUUCAAGAAGUGAACAUUUUUCAGAAGACUGUUGGAAAGAUGACCAGCCUGUUCCGUCGGAGCAGCAAUGGAAGCUCACGGAAUGGUUCCGCUACCAACAAUGGAACAGCCUCUGGGGCUGGUACAACCCAGGAGCUCAAUAACAGUCGGCCAGCGCGGCAGGUCCGCAGACUUGAAUUCAACCAGGCCAUGGAGGACUUCAAGACUAUGUUCCCUAAUAUGGACUAUGAUGUAAUUGAGUGUGUGCUACGGGCCAACAAUGGUGCAGUGGAUGCCACCAUUGAUCAGCUCCUGCAGAUGAACAUUGAGGGUCACAGCUUGGAUGACAGUUCUGAUUCAGAUGACAGCAUUCCUCCAGAGAUCUUGGAGCGAACUCUGGAGCCAGACAGUUCAGAUGAAGAACCUCCACCAGUUUACUCUCCCCCCACAUAUGAUAUGCACAUCUAUGAUAGAAAGUACCCAGAAGCACCACCUACUCCCCCGCCAAGGUUUGAUGCACAACCAACUCUUGUUCCACAGCAACCACGGCAUUAUCGAAACUGGAAUCCCCCAUUACUGGGCAACCUUCCAGAUGACUUCUUGAGGAUACUACCACAGCAAAUGGAGAGUAUGCAGAACUCCACUUCAAGUAUGCUGCAAGGAAGGACACUGGUGCCGGCUCAGGGAGGAGCAGGGGGUGCCCUCCAGGUCUGCCAGGGGGCUGCCACAGAACAGGAGCACAAGCUGAAGCAGUAUUUGGAAGACGAAAGGAUUGCUCUAUUUUUGCAGAAUGAGGAGUUCAUGAAAGAGCUACAGAGAAACCGCGAGUUCCUCAUUGCACUGGAAAGAGAUCGGUUAAAAUAUGAAUCAAAGAAAUCAAAAUCCAACCUGGCUGGCAUGGGCAUGGAGAAUCCACCAGGCGAUCACAGUGCUCCCUGCUUGGGAGAAGCUUGCCAUGGUGUGUCUGAUGAUGCUUUAUUCAGAGAUAAACUGAAGCACAUGGGUAAAUCCACAAGAAAAAAGCUAUUUGAAAUUGCCCGAACUUUCUCAGAGAAGACAAAGAUGAGGAAGCCGAAAAGGAAGACCCUGUUAAAACAUCAGUCCCUGGGGAGUGCAGCCUCCACUGCCAACCUUUUGGACGAUGUAGAAGGAAACUCCUGUGAUGAAGACACGCUGACCAGAAGGCAGCUUGCUGUACAAGAAGAAGGGAGUCUACACAAAGAAGGGCUGUCAUGAUCCCCGAGGUCUCAGCUCUUUGGGACAUCGAUGCUGCAGCCAAGUUUGCAUUAAGUGGGUGUAUCAGCUAUAUGACGUCCUCCUGUCCUAAGCAGCAUUCUGCCAGAUUUUAUUCAUCAGCUGUCUUAACCCUGGGGCAGUAGCUCUGUGACUCAUCAGGUCUGUCGUCUUGAGGAACGACAUUAACACAGGGCUCUCCUGCUACUUGUUGAUCCACCUUUUGCUUUUAACGCAGAGCUAUUUUCUCAUUCUUUUUAUUUUCCUUUUUAACAUAAAACAAACAAAAAAAGAAAUACUUUUUCUUUAACUGCCAUUGCUCCAGGAAAAUGAGAGUGCAUUAUUGAGUUUAAAGGUAUGAUUUGGCCUUGGGUUAUUCAGCAUGCAUGAGGUGAGGUGGCAGCAGAGCUUUAUUAGAUCAUUCAAUCUUUACUUUUGGAGCCAUUGGAACAUGGCUUAAAAAGGCUUAACUCUUUCACACAAAAGGCAAUGUCGACAAGUUUCUUCAGAAGGUAUUAGGUGAAGUGAAUGUCAAUAGUAUCAGCCAUUUUGUUUGAUGUGUGUAUUUGUUCCUACAAACAAGCUCUUGAAGCAGUGUGUACCCCUGUUCUGUUCUGUCAUGUUUUGAGUAUUCACCUUGCCUACUUUGGUGCUGUAGCCUGACUUUACGAACAGAUACUGCUUAUAGCUGCACCUUUGUUCCAAGAGAUGAUAUGGGAGAUGGCAUUAGAGUAGUACCCAUUAUUUUCAGAAAUUAACAUUUCCAGUUGCUACUGGGAAAAAAAAGUUGUUUUUUUUUCCCAUAUUGUAGGUCUCUGUGAGGCUAAUAUCACAUAAAGGUACAGAUUUCUAUAGUAGUCAGUCAGUCAGCAGCCGUCAUCUGCUACUUAUCCCUGAGCACGGUGUGCGAGUGCUUAUGUUGAAGUUGAUGCCCACUUAUCAGUGUAGCCCUUUUUCCUUUGCCUUUGUCUUACUUUUCAUAGACUCGAACAUAUUUCAGAGUUGCAUGCUGCAACGGAUGCAAAUCCAAGCUACUUGCACACAGAAUGUUUUUCAAAGCUAGCCAUACAUGCAUUUAAACUGCAUUAAGGAAGCCAUGCACUGGCUUGAGGUCACUAGAGAAGCAUGUGGAGACCCCGUGAGCAAUCAUAAAAUCCACCUGGCACCAUGUUAAACAGUUUCCUUCAGAGACAUGCACUACUCCGACAGUGCCUUUCUUAUUUUUUUCUGAAAAAUCUUGAGCUCAAGGUCAGUAAUUCAUUAUUUUGUCUCUCAGAGUGACAGAGUGUAGCGGUUAGAUAGAUGUAUAUUGUUUUGGGAUAUCCAAGUUAAAUCUUUUCGAGCCCCAUUUAUUUCACCAGACUUUAUGUAAUCAGUUAUGUGCUGAUUGCAUGGUGCAUCUCACAAAUGUGACGCAAAAGAAAGCAGUGCAACACUUGGAGUGUUUAAUGUAUGUGGGGAUACCAAGUAAGCCGAUGUGUGCUGAGACCGUGCACUGCCUCUGCUUUAGUUAUAGUGUCCUGCAUCUCUUGGCUUCUUUUCUUAAAUCCUGGUCCAUUGAUAAGUGAAAUAACACAAAGCAGCAUUUGUAAAUAUCAGUCAUGCAUGGUGCCUGUCUGGAUUCUGUGUGUCAUUCCCAUGUAAAGCGUUGCAAUGCCCACUUUCCAGUUGACGAGCCAAAGCAAACCAUGUCUUAGCAUCAUAAUUUCUUUCAAGCAGAAACUGAUAAUUUAGGAAUAAAAAUGAUCAUACAGAGUGUAGCUCCUGGGCAACAGUGAGCCUAUGCUUUGACUUUCACAGGAUUCAGUACAUCAAUGAUAAUGAUAAUGUGCCUCAAUGGCACACAAGCAGCAGAAGCCUUCGAUUAAUGCAUCACAUCAUAAGAAGGACUUUUAUUUUCAGUAUAUGGAAUUGACUGCCUGCCUCCCAUAAUGGCAGCAUCAAGUCUCAGGGAUAUUCAUGCUUCUGUCCUGCCCAUGUCUGCAUAUUCAGAUCAGAGAAAAGGUAGGAGGCAUGCACAUUAAUGUAGCUUAGCUCUGUUCAGAAACCAAUAGAAGAUAUCACUGUGAGUUGUUCCAGACUAUGACAUGUUGUCUUAAAGUGCUUUUUUCUUAUCUUAUUGCAUCAUUAGAUGGCAUCCCCUCAUUACCAGUAAAUGUCAACACUGACCAUGAAUGCUAAAUUUUGCUUUUCGAUUAUAGACAGGGCAUUUGAGAUUCAAGUAUGGUUUAAGAAUAUCAAGUGUAAAAUGACUUUUGGCCUGACUGUAAGUCACCUUUAGAUUUGAGUGUUAGUUCACUGGACACUCUUUCCAUGCACUUGUUUACAUAUAAAGGUUUCAAUUUAAGAACACCACUUCAAAACUUAUUAAACUUUUAUCUGAAUCAGUUCAGCAACUGUAAGAAAACUAGAAAAACAUGAAGCAUCUAAACACACCCACCUCAGUGAGUCAUUUUGGCAUUAAGCUUAAGAGGAUUUUGGAAACCUCCAAAAGGUGAGAUGCCAUGUACCUUCAAAGCUCCAACUCUGAACGGAUGACCCGAGUUUUAAUUUAGUGUGUACUUCUUUAAGUUCUGUUGGUAAAUUGAGAAAGGUAUGGUGAUUUUUUUUUUUUUACCAUGGUACCAAUGUUUUCAUGCAAGUCUGAAAUUGUGCAGUAGCGUCACACAGUAACCUCAGUCUCUGCAACUGAAGAGGCUGGUUAGCUUGCAGCCCCAUUGAACUUAACUAGUCAUCCAUGAUAACCACAAACACCAUACAGGGGUAGAAAGUUGGCUUUAGGAAUAAAUGCAACACAAGAGAGAGACCAAAAAACCCAAAGAGAUAAGCCAGCCCAGUUAGAAGUUUCAAACACAACUAUAGGAGAGGUUUAAAGCAAUCAAAUUCUAUUAUAAUGUUGUUCAUGAAAUAUAGCGAGGGGUGGGAGAAGACAAGAAAGGGCCAGUUGUCACUAAAGAGAUAACAAGUAAGCGUGAGGUCCUAAGGGCCCCCACUAAUAUGCCUCUGUGAAUGCAGUAACAUAGGACUGUGUUCUUCUUUACUGCAAGGCUCACCAGGCCUCAGAAUCUUAUCAGUUGCUUUUCCCCUUGCACGACAUUCUUUUGUUAUUUUACUUCCCAUGUCACAAUAAUCACUAAAAGGAGACAACUCGAGACUUUCAUUUCCACUUGAUAGGCAAGUGUGCGAUUCUGGAUUGGCUUCUGCUUUUAGCUGCUAAGGAGCGGCUGUUCCAGAAGGUGACCUUCCCAGCAUGCUCCGCUUUAGCUGCCCCAGCAGGAGCACUGUGCUUACUGAAUGUACUAACUGAGGGUUUUUGUCAAGAGUGGCUGUGACUCCCUCUGUGCAAGAACUCAUAUUUAUGGUUGACCUUUUAUGGGUGGGGAAAACAUGCAAAUACAUGAGAGAAUGUAUUCUGAUGUACUGGUUUUAAAACUUAUUUAGAUGAACGCAACUUUUUAGUCAAGCUGAUACAGUCUAUUAAAUCUGCAGGUCCUCGUUCAGGAAGACAAGGUCCUUCUUUUCUAAUCCUGAAAAAAAUGCAUUUAAUAGUAAAUGUUUUUAAUAAAAUAUCAGAAUGAUUAUAUCUAUUGUAUUACUGAUGGAAUGAUAAACAAAAAAAACCUGAGUUUUUAAAGUCCUUUCAACCUGUGAAGGCUUUGUGUGUGAUUGUUGUAUUUUACAAAUUAUUUCAAAAUUGAUUUUCUUACGUCUAAAAGAAAAUGUUUAUUAGCUAUUGAUAUAUUAAAGUGAUGUUGUAUUCUUC